GCGGGGACGCGGGGCGCGCUGUCGGGCGGGGGCGAGGUUCGGGCCGGUUGUUCCGUUGCGAGACUGCCACGAGUCGUCGCUUCGGCGGGUCCAGGUGUUGAACGGCAACCCUCUCUUCCAAGAUGUCAAAAACAAACAAAUCGAAGUCUGGGUCUCGCUCUUCUCGCUCAAGAUCUGCAUCCAGAUCUCGGUCUCGAUCAUUUUCCAAGUCUCGGUCCAGAAGCCGAUCUGUCUCCCGUUCAAGGAAACGCAGGCUGAGUUCUAGGUCUCGUUCCAGAUCGUAUUCUCCAGCUCAUAACAGAGAAAGGAAUCACCCCCGAGUGUAUCAGAAUCGAGAUUUCAGAGGCCACAACAGAGGCUAUCGGAGGCCCUAUUAUUUCCGUGGGCGAAACCGAGGCUUUUAUCCUUGGGGCCAGUAUAACCGAGGUGGCUAUGGAAACUACCGGUCCAAUUGGCAGAACUACCGGCAAGCAUACAGUCCUCGUCGAGGCCGGUCCCGGUCCCGGUCCCCAAAGAGAAGGUCCCCUUCACCACGGUCCAGGAGCCAUUCUAGGAACUCUGAUAAAUCAUCCUCUGACAGGUCAAGGCGCUCCUCAUCCUCCCGGUCAUCCUCCAACCACAGCAGGGUUGAAUCAUCAAAGCGCAAGUCUACAAAAGAGAAGAAGUCCUCUUCUAAGGAUAGCAGGCCAUCUCAGGCAGCCGGUGAUAACCAGGGAGAUGAGGCCAAGGAGCAGACAUUUUCUGGAGGUGCAUCUCAAGAUAUAAAAGGGUCUGAGAGCUCAAAGCCAUGGCCAGAUGCCACUACCUAUAGCACUGGUUCUGCGUCACGGGCCUCAGCUUCUGAUCUGAGCCCCCGGGAGAGAAGCCCAGCUCUCAAAAGCCCCCUCCAGUCUGUGGUGGUUAGGCGAAGGUCACCGCGCCCUAGCCCUGUGCCAAAACCUAGUCCUCCACUUUCUAAUACAUCCCAGAUGGGUUCAUCUAUGUCAGGUGGUGCUGGAUAUCAGUCUGGUCAGUUCGACCAUGGCUCUGGAUCUUUGAGUCCAUCUAAAAAGAGCCCUGUGGGUAAGAGUCCUCCGGCCACUGGCUCUGCAUAUGGUUCAUCUCAGAAAGACGAGAGUGCUGCUUCGGGAGGAGCGGCAUACACAAAAAGGUACCUGGAAGACCAGAAAACAGAGAAUGGGAAAGAUAAGGAACAGAAACAAACAAAUACUGAUAAAGAGAAGCUGAAAGAGAAAGGGAGCUUCUCUGAUGCUGAUGUAAAAAUGAAAUCUGAUCCAUUUGCUUCCAAGACUGACACUGAGAAGCCCUUUCGAGGCAGCCAGUCACCCAAAAGGUAUAAGCUUCGUGAUGACUUUGAGAAAAAGAUGGCUGACUUCCACAAGGAGGAGAUGGAUGAACAAGAUAAGGACAAAAGUAAGGGGAGGAAGGAACCUGAGUUUGAUGAUGAGCCCAAAUUUAUGUCUAAAGUUAUAGCCGGUGCAAGCAAAAACCAGGAGGAAGAGAAGUCAGGCAAGUGGGAGAGCCUGGUGCAUACAAGGAAGGAAAAGCUAAGGAAGGCAGAGGAGCUGGAGGAGGAGCCUUUCACAGAGAGAUCCAGAAAGGAGGAGCGUGGAGGGGCCAAGAGGAGCGAAAGUGGACACAGGGGCUUUGUGCCAGAAAAGAAUUUCCGAGUGACUGCAUACAAGGCGGUCCAGGAGAAAAAUUCGUCACCUCCCCCACGGAAGACCUCUGAGAGCCGAGACAAGCUGGGAAACAAAGGAGACUUUUCCUCAGGGAAGUCUUCCUUUUCCAUUACUCGGGAGGCCCAGGUCAAUGUCCGGAUGGACUCCUUUGAUGAGGACCUUGCACGACCCAGUGGCUUAUUGGCUCAGGAAAGAAAGCUUUGUCGGGAUCUAGUCCAUAGCAAUAAAAAGGAACAGGAAUUUCGUUCCAUCUUCCAGCACAUACAGUCAGCUCAGUCUCAGCGUAGCCCCUCAGAAUUGUUUGCUCAGCACAUAGUGACGAUUGUUCAUCAUGUUAAAGAACAUCACUUUGGAUCCUCUGGAAUGACAUUACAUGAACGCUUUACUAAAUACCUAAAGAGAGGAAGUGAACAAGAAGCAGCUAAAAAUAAGAAAAGCCCAGAGAUACACAGGAGGAUAGACAUUUCCCCCAGUACAUUCAGAAAACAUGGUUUGACUCACGAGGAAAUGAAAAGUCCCCGGGAACCUGGCUAUAAGCAGGCUGAAGGCAAAUACAAAGAUGAUCCUGUUGAUCUUCGCCUUGAUAUUGAGCGUCGUAAAAAACAUAAGGAGAGAGAUCUUAAGCGAGGUAAAUCAAGAGAGUCGGUGGAUUCCCGAGACUCUAGCCACUCAAGAGAAAGAUCAGCUGAGAAAACAGAGAAAACUCACAAAGGAUCAAAGAAGCAGAAGAAGCACCGCAGAGCAAGAGACCGGUCUAGGUCCUCCUCUUCCUCUUCCCAGUCGUCUCACUCCUACAAAGCAGAGGAGUACCCCGAGGAAGCAGAGGAGAGGGAGGAGAGCACCACAGGCUUUGACAAAUCCAGACUGGGGACCAAAGACUUCGUGGGUCCAAAUGAAAGAGGCGGCAGAGCACGGGGAACCUUUCAAUUUCGAGCAAGAGGGAGAGGUUGGGGCAGAGGAAACUAUUCCGGUAACAAUAACAACAACAGCAACAAUGAUUUUCAAAAGAGAAACCGGGAAGAGGAAUGGGAUCCAGAGUACACACCCAAAAGCAAGAAGUAUUACUUGCAUGAUGACCGGGAAGGUGAAGGCAGUGACAAGUGGAUGAGCCGUGGCCGUGGCCGAGGAGCCUUCCCCCGGGGUCGGGGCCGGUUCAUGUUCCGGAAAUCCAGUACCAGCCCCAAGUGGGCCCACGAUAAGUUCAGUGGCGAGGAAGGAGAGAUUGACGACGAUGAGAGUGGGACAGAGAACCGGGAAGACAAGGACGGUCUGCAGCCCACAGCUGAGUAGGGCCGCUCUUGAUGGAGCCCUGGCCCAGGGAGAGAGGCACUGGGAGAGGCUGGUGGAGCUAAACAGGGAGCCUCAAGAAGAUCCUGCAAAUCCCACCCAACAACCCACCAGCCACACAGAACCUACAACAGCAAAGUACACAUCCCUGGUGCUGUCCCACUGGACAGAGGACACUGGCCCCAGAGCCUAGGAUCAGGCCCACGUUUUGAGCAGCCCACAACACACUGGGCUCCCGCUGUUUCUUGUUUGUUGUUGGUGUGUGGGGUGGGGGCAGGGUAGGGAGAAUGAUGCUGAUGCUUGGGUUUUUUGUUUGGUUUUGUUUUCCUUUCCCGAUUAGAAACCCAAGUUUCCUUAAUUUCGUUUGGAACUAAAAGGAUGAACUUGGUUUUCAGUCAUUUCCUGUCCUGACUUUUAAAAGGCCCUUAUAUUUCUCUUUUCUUUUUUUUUUUCUUUUUACAGGAUAUGUAGUAUAUUAGCAGAAAGAUUUAAUUUGGGCAACUUUGAUUCUUAAAGCAUGUGAAUAAACAUUGAUGUGUUCGCCU